AUGGACUUCAGCAACUUCGGGAAGAAUAUCACUUCCUUCGGGGCUUCGAUCACCCCAUUCGCCUCUCGCACCUUCCAAUACACGAAGGAGCAGCUUGGCCAGGCUGAAGAUAAGACCCAACUCCCGCCUGAUUAUAUCGACUUGGAGAAGCGCGUCGAUGCCUUGAAGAUUGUGCAUCAGAAGAUGCUAGCCGUGACCGCAAAGAUCUCAGAGCCCGAGGAACCCUUGCAGUGGCUUACGACUAUCCCCCCUGACGGCGGAACACUAGCUCCCUUAGAGAUCAAGAUCGGUGCGGCUCUCCCACCCUAUGAAAACUUGCAGUGCAAGGACUUUACGCAGGUGAUUGCGGACCCCUACGCGUCUCUCCGUGGAGCGUUAAUCGGGUAUAUCGAUAGUGACUGA